AAACGUACUUUAAGGGGGGACGGGCGUAAGGGUUUGGGGGGAAGGGAACCUGCCGUUCCAUUCGCUCUGGCUUCGGUCGACCAAUAGUACUACUAGUCUCUCAGUUGAGCAGAGCCAACCGAAGCACCGAUCAUUAUUCCACAUAAAAAAUAUAUUUAAGCUAUCCCGGUCAUAAGCAGUAACAAAAUGCAAGCAGUCCAAGCUGGCCAGGCACAGGUGAUGACUGUGUCUCAAGCACAGCAGUUACUGACAGCAGGAGGCCAACAAAUCAUGGUUCAGAUGCCUGGAGGGGCACAAACAAUUCAGUUGUCAGGACAAAAUAUACAAAACCUUCAGGGAUUACAAGUCUUACCACUGUCAGCCCUUCAGAGUGCAGGAGGACAGCAAAUUGUUAUACAGCAACCUCAACAAGCUCAAAUACUGCAAACAAGUGAUGGCCAAACUCUAAUUUACCAACCAGUGCAGUUAGAACAGCAGGGUAAUUUGAAUCAGCAGACUCAACCUACAUUUUUCAAUAUAGGAGGUAACCUUGUCCAGUUUAGCGGAGCAACCACACUAUCGUCUAACUCCGCAGCAGCCGUAACUCAGGCUAAUUCAGCUGUCAACACUGCAGUUACAUCAGCUGCAGCAGCUUCAGGCUCAGGGAACUCAGCUCAAAUCCAACCAAUAAAUGUUCCACAAACGGUUGGAGUUAGUGGUUCCAAUAUUGUCAUGAUGGUACCUGGGGCUGGUGGAAUACCUCAAAUUCAACGGAUUCCUUUACCAAAUGCAGAACUCUUGGAAGAGGAACCUUUGUAUGUGAACGCCAAGCAAUAUCAUCGCAUAUUGAAGAGGCGACAGGCACGAGCAAAGCUGGAAGCCGAAGGAAGAAUUCCUAAAGAACGCCGAAAAUAUCUGCACGAGUCACGGCACCGUCAUGCAAUGAACCGUGUUCGUGGCGAAGGCGGUAGGUUCAAUGCAGGAUCUGUUCGUAAUCGUUCAAGACGAGCAAAAGCAAUCGACACUUCCAGCCAAAAUCAUUCGACAGUGAUGAAUCCAUCUAUGGAAACCGUUUCUAUAGAGGCACUUACAGCCAGUUACUAUAAAAAGGACAGCGGACCGUUAUCCGAGAUGAUGACGUCUGAUCCGUUAGCCUAAAGUGGAGAACGUGUUCUCAAAAAUAAAAAUACUGACUUACUGUUUUUUCUGUUCUUUAUUUUUUCCUUAUUAGCAUUGGCCAGGUGUCAAUUCGUACACCAAGCAAGUACACGGAAAUAUUUUGUAA